ACAAACUUAUCCACUAACAGAUAGCAUCAGUGACAAACAAAUUUAAGUUGACACUAUUGACACUAUCGAGUCAUCACAAGAAAAACCCAUGGAAAGUAAGGAAAAGAGCGCCAGAGACCACAAAAUGGACAGACGAUUUCUGAUCUUAUCCCUCUUGCUGCAAGUCAAAUCGGAAACCCACCACGGCGGCAUUUUGUACCCUCGUCAGUCCGAAACCCGUCAGGUGGUGUCUUUGGAUGGUCUGUGGAACUUCGUGGUACCACAAGCCAAUAAUCCGCUUCAAGGCUUUGACGAGCAUUGGUAUAAAAGACACCUGAAGGAGUUGACAGAUGUUGAGGUGUAUAUGAUGCCGGUGCCAAGCAGCUACAACGAUAUCACCACCAGCGGGCAAAUUCGGGACCACGUUGGGUUGGUGUGGUAUGACCGGAAAUUCUUCGUGCCGAAGUCUUGGUACCAAAUUGGAAGGGUUUGGUUGAGGUUCGGUUCGGUGUCUUAUGCGUCUCAAGUGUGGAUAAAUGGUCAGUUGGUGAUGAGCCACGAAAUCGGUCACUUACCGUUCUUGGCAGAAGUCACCAAUUUCCUUAAGUAUGGCAAAGAAAAUCUGAUAACGGUAGCCUGUGACAAUACCCUCUUAUCCGACACGGUCCCGCAAGGCAAAGUAGACGAACUAGAAACCGGAAGACUGGUACAACUUUACAGCUUUGACUUCUUCAACUACGCAGGUAUUGAUAGACCUGUAACUCUUUACACUACACCAAAGAACUACAUAGAUGAUAUUAGUGUCGCCACUGAGGUGGAUGGCGACGUAGGAUUCGUAGACUAUAAAAUAACCUACAUAAGCGACUUUAACGUCACUUGUCGCGUGAGCCUUAUCGACAAAAAAGGUAACGUUGUGGCCAUGAGUGACGAAUAUGAUGAGCCUUACGGGAUUCUGGAGGUCCCUAAUGCUCAUUUCUGGUGGCCCUAUUUGAUGGACCCCAAUCCAGGCUAUUUGUACACUUUACAAGUGGAGCUAUUAAGUGAAUAUGGUGACUUGAUUGACAAGUAUAGCCAACCGAUCGGUAUCCGAUCUGUCACGUGGACUAACACGUCUCUUUUGAUUAAUAAUCGCCCUGUGUAUCUUCACGGUUUUGGUCGCCACGAAGACUCGGAUAUAAGAGGCAAAGGUUUGGACUUACCUUUGAUAGUGAGGGACUACAACUUGAUUAAGUGGAUAGGAGCAAAUGCUUAUCGUACCUCACACUAUCCAUACGCUGAAGAAAUUAUGGAUUUGGCGGACGAACUAGGUAUUAUGAUCAUAGAUGAGUGUCCGAGUGUCAAUACGGAGUUCUUCUUUGACACACUAUUGGUUAAACACAAGAACUCUUUGACUGAGCUGAUCAAGAGGGAUAAAAAUAGACCAAGCGUGAUUAUGUGGUCCGCUGCCAACGAACCAAGGACUCAGUACCCAAUUGCCAAAAGUUACUUCAAAGAAGUUAUCGAUCAUAUCAAGAACCUUGAUAUCACGAGACCAACGACGAUUGCGGAAGCACAGUCUGUCAAUAACGUGGAAUCUUCAGAGUUUGUGGACAUUGUCAGUUUCAAUCGAUACAACGGAUGGUACGCCAAUGGUGGGAAUUUAGAUGCGAUUCCAUUGAGUGUGGUCGGGGAAGCUACUGCAUGGCAUGAAAAAUUCAACAAACCGGUGAUCAUGCAAGAGUAUGGAGGAGAUACUCUCGAAGGCCUUCACUUCACUCCCGAAUUCAUUUGGUCGGAGGAGUACCAGGUACAUUUGAUGUCAAAACACUUCCAAGCUUUUGAUGAAUUGCGAGCCAAAGGGUUCUUUAUCGGAGAAUUCAUCUGGAAUUUCGCCGAUUUUAAAACGGCGCAGACUUACACAAGAGUCGGUGGUAACAAAAAAGGUAUCUUUACCAGAAGCCGCCAACCUAAAUCCAGCGCCCACCACCUGCGCAAGCGAUAUUGGGCUUUAGCUAGACAGCUAUACAACGCCAGUGUGCCUAGUGAUUUGUACAACUACGUAGCCGGACCUGUUGUUAUACAUGAUGAAUUGUGAUUUGUUUUUAAUAAAAACGUAAGAAAAUC